AUGCUCUCCGCCGGCGAACGACCCCAACAACCCACCAUGACCAACGCAGCAGCGGCAGUAGUAGAUUCCACACGCGGUCCCGUCAGCAAAAGCCCAUUGACCAACUCCGUGGUCAACGCCAUGUGGGGAAGCACCAGCAGUAACACCACCACCACAGCACCGUCGGCAGACCAAAUCCAACACAUCUGGGUAGUGACGGGGCCAGCAGGAUGUGGGAAAAGCACAGUAGGCAAGGGGAUUCAACAAGAACUUAGCAUUCCUUUCUUAGAGGGUGAUGAUUUCCACACCCCCAACAACAAAGAAAAAAUGUCCAACGGCAUCCCCCUCACCGACGCCGACAGAUGGGACUGGCUCAUCUCCCUCCGCCAAGCCGCCAUCGAAGCGCUCUCCCCCUCCGAGACUAACAACUUCCACCCACCCUCCGGCGUAGUUGUUGCUUGUUCAGCCCUGAAGCAGAAAUACCGGGACGUGAUGCGUGUCGCGGCGUACGGAUCCCCCUCGGUACAGAUCCAUUUCAUCUAUCUCAAGUUGGAUGAGACCAUGUUGUUGCAGAGAGUCAUGAAUCGACAGGCCCAUUAUAUGAAGAGUAGUAUGGUGCAGUCGCAGUUGCAGGAUCUCGAGGAGCCCAAGGGCGAGUGGGAUGCCCUUACGGUGGAUGUGCGGGCUUCGCAGGCGGAGGUCCAGACGGAGGUGUUGGAGUUGGUGAGGGAUACGUUGGCCAGGUAUCGCUGA